AUGACUUACUCUGGGGACUGUUCUUUCGAUGAUGGCAUUGGGACCUUGUGUGCCAGUGGCACUUGUGAAACAGGCUAUGCCAUUUGCAAACUCGACACUUUUCAGAAAUUCAGAAGGACACGCCUGCGGGCGCAGCUGGAGCGCCUGUCUCGGCAGGUGGAGGCUCUCGGCCGGUCGGCGGGGCUGCCGCAGGAGUGGGCGGACGAGGCGGCGGGGAGCCCCCCGGCCGCGGGGCCCGGGUCUCCGGGGCAGGUUUCGUCCGGCGGAAGGUUCUCCAGCCGUGCCAAGCUAGCGGUCGCUGGCCGGAGCCAAAGUGUAGACCUGGAUGACCACCACAAACCUGAGUUUAGAAGAGUUUUUAGUUCUUCCAUCAUUGAAAAUGGGCAUCAGUCUUCAUCAGGUCAGGCAAAAGUCUCCCAUGAACUGACCUGUUUUCACACAUCAGACUCUUCCCCUGAAGCCCAUGCCCCUGCAGUCACCUUACAGAUGCCCCACCUUCCUGUUACUGCAGUAACCAGGAUAUCAGAGAAGUUUUCAGGAGAGACCAUCUGUUCAACAGGAACAACUAAUAUGUCUCCUGGCCUGCUGGGACAGAGCAAGAGCAAAAAUGCGAUGGCAGUGAAAACGUCCAACCAGUCAGUGAAGGCCUGGAAUUCAAGUACAGUAAGAACAGUGCGUUCAUCUGCCACUGGAGAGAAUACCACUUCUGUCACUAAGUCUGUCUCAACUGUGAGCUAUGGGACGAGUAGUGGAACCAAAACUGGUGAAAGUGCCACUGACAGUUACUGUGAUGUGAACCCCAGCUCUCACUCCUCUCCUCCCACUGUACAUCGCCAAGUUGAAAGGAGGCGAGAACUGGUGCGGUCUCAGACGCUCCCACGGACUACAGGAACACAGGCCAGGAAAGCGCUUUUUGAGAAAUUUGAACACGAUGGUGGAAAAGGAAAAGGAGAAUCCAGAGCUAAGCUGAAGAGGUCGCAGAGUUUUGGGGUUGCCAGCGCUAGCAGCAUUAAACAAAUUCUGUUAGACUGGUGUCGCUCAAAAACCAUAGGAUACAAGCACAUUGAUCUCCAGAACUUCUCCUCAAGCUGGAACGAUGGGAUGGCAUUCUGUGCUCUUGUGCAUUCUUUCUUUCCUGAAGCUUUUGAUUAUAAUAAGCUUGACCCAGCUAAUCGCAAGCAGAACUUUGAGCUGGCCUUCACCAUGGCUGAGAAAAUGGCUCACUGUGAUCGUCUGAUAGAAGUGGAUGACAUGAUGGUGAUGGGUCACAAGCCAGAUCCCAUGUGUGUCUUCACCUAUGUCCAGUCUCUAUACAAUCAUCUGCGACGCUUUGAAUAAAACUAUCGACACCUCUCCAGCCUGAAGGGUCAAGUACAGUAUGCUAAUGGGAAGAGUGACUUUUUGCAAAUGGAACGCAGUGUUAUUUCUUGCUUUUUACUGUCCCUUUGCUUACAUUCAACUGUGUGGCUGGCUGACUGAAGUGUUGCUGAGCAGCGCCCCAAGUGUUGAUCACAUCAGCAUGUCAGUAAUACAGAAAUACGUUUGAAAAAGACAAAAAAACAUAGGGAAAGGCAAAUGCUGUCAUUUUGGUGCUAGUAGUAGGCUGGAUUAUUAAUAUUCUUGUGUUUAAAGAUCACAGGAAGCUAAUUUGCUGCUCCUUUCUCUGUUAGGCUGGGGACACAGUUUUAGGCAGUGACAGGUAACUGCUACGAAAGUGUUCCCUCUUAAAAUGCAGGUAAAAGUCCAGAAGAUAGCACCUUCAAUUCCACUUCUCUGUUGAGCAUAGCACAAAAGAAAUAGCAAAUGGACAAGGAAAAUUCCGUUUAGCAAACAAUAACCUAGAGUACUCAACCACUAGGGCAAUAUUGCCCCUCCUCCAACCCUACCCCCCACUCCAGCAUGCAUGCACACGCGCACACACACACACACACACAUCAAACAGGCAUUGUUCUGUUCUCUUAAAGCAGAAAGAGAACGCAGCCUCUUACCUGCUGACUGGGGCGACAGAUAACUACCAUGUUACACAACAGAGUUUGUCUGUAAUGGUCAACUCUGAAGUGAUUUGCUUAGAGGCUUGCUAAAGCCUCUGCUGGCAGUCCUGGAUUAAUUUCUUGAUCAUGAAGAACAGCAACAGCUGGGACUGUUCUGUGUAAGAGAUUGUGUGUUUGCAUGAUUUAGGAUCACAGGAAAGGGGGGGUGCUAGCAAGAUACUAAAUCCUCUGAACAGUUGUAAUAAAGCAUGCUACAGUCUUGCUUCUGACCUGGACUCUGGGGGAGAGCAACUCUCCAGUGUGGACAGGAAUGAAGUCUUUACGACUUGCUCAGUCCUCAUGCUGACUCUGAGGUUGACAGGCAAUAUGCCAAAAAAGUAUGAAAGAUGUGGGAGUUUUGAAAUGCUAGUUUCCAUUUUCAGUUAAAUUAGUGUUAAAACCACAAUAUAGUGGGAUUAUUCCAGAUUUACGGGACAAAAAGGUCAUAUGUCACCCUUUCUGGUUUUCUCUUUGAUAUAUCAACAAAGCUUUGUUUUCACAGUGAAUGUUAAAAACAAAACCACUAAAAAAGCAUACUUAAAAAAAGCCUUUUAAAAUUACUUCUUCCCUAAGAACAGGCUCAUAGAAAGUAAAAUAUGAAAGCCACAAGCCCUCUGCUCAUGCUAGAGAAUGUUUUUUAACCUGCAUUUGUGCUUUUUGUAGAUAUUUAUAAAGAUGACUUUGGUUCUGUAUUGAUGACCCAUUUAUAAUAAAAUAUGUCAAAUGUGCUUCAGAUUUACUGCUUCUCUUUAGAAUGAAGUGACAGGUAACAAAGCAAAAUCAGUGGAAAGAACCCACAGCUUUUGCUUAGAAGAUUUUUGUUCUAGCCAUGAUGCUGUGUGCUCUGAAUUUCAGUGUAAAAAAGUACAGAAGUUCAGUGGCAUUUGGAAUAGGAUUUUAGUUCAGCCUCCCUUUCUAGUGAAGGUUACUUAGGAAACCAUGAAUGAAGCAACCACUUUGUUAGCAGUCUCAGAAAAAAAAACCCACAAAACACACCACCAAAAGUGUACAAAGGUAAAGUAUAAGUUAACUGCUGAAGGUCUGGAUCAUCAAGUUCUGUUUGAAGUGUAGCUAGGCUGUUGCUAUGACACUGUGGAAAUAGUUUGAAAGACUUUUAAAUAGACAUCUUUUAAUACAAGUAUCUGAAAGAUACUUGGUCAAACUAGCAGGGUCCUUGGUAUUGCUAAUCUCACAGCUUUAAUGCAAGUGGCCAGAGGUUGGGUGGGCUGUUUGUAUUUGUCACAUGACUGCCAUUGUCUUCAGUUUUUGACUUUCCCUUGAAUGAUCAUAAUUCUGAGGAGAAAGUGUGCACCUGUUCCUCCACCAAACGCACUAUAAGGAUAAACACGCUGUACUUGUAUUUUGAAGAAGUGAUUGGAGUAAGCAUGAUGAGAAAUCUGUCCACAACUGGCACAUACGAUACACAUAUUUACAUUCUUACAGCAGAAUACUUUUCAUUGACUAGCAGAGCCAAGUUCCACUGUAGCUACAAUAAGAGGGGCAAUACUGGCUUUAUACAUCACAUUCCUUCACAGUCCCAGGUCAUGGAUGAUUUUCCUGUGUGAUGUGAGUGCUAAAGACACAGGUAAGUGCUUGGCCAAUUUAGGCCUGGUAGCAAAUAAUUAUAUAAAGGAAGACAAUAAAAUUAUUGCCAAUUUACCAGGGGGAGUUUACAUCCUUUCUAUAAUUUAGCUUGUUUUCACAGCUACCCAGAAGCUAUUUGUACAGGUUUUCUAAAGUCUUCCCACUUCAGAGAGGUGAUCGUAAAGAUACCUGGUACUUGCCUGGUACUGACUAAUUUUAACUGCUGGUGGUUCGCAUAUAAGAAGAUGAGGGAGAUGGUGCUGUGACAGUUUUAGAAAAACCUACAGCUUUGUGUGUUAAGAGAAGUCUGAUCUAUAUGAAUAACCUUGACUGUUAGACUGUAUGAUUAAAUUUAAAUUAAUGUAAUGU